AUGGAGUCGCCCUUAGACGCAACAGAGGCGGCAACAGAACCUGCCGUGGCUACCGAAGCAGCAGAAGCAGAGGAGCAUGCAGAUGAGGCUGUAGAAGAUGGAUCUGAAGCAGGAACUGCAGCAGCAGCACCAAGUGGAGCCGAAGCAGCACCAACUGCAGCAUCAGGUGGACCAACAGCAGCAGAACCAAGCGAAAAUGAAACAACAGUAGCAGCAGAAGGAUCAGGACAAGACGAAGCAACAGCAACAGCAGCAAAACCGGAAGAAAAUGAGCCAGCAGCAGCAGCAGCAGAAUCAGGACAAAGUGAAGCAGCAGCAGCAGAAUCAGAAAAUGAAGGUGCAGCAGCAUCCGAAUCGGAACAAAAUGAUGGAGGAGGAACAACAACAGAUGGGGAAGGGCAGGGGGAUAACUCAGAGAGAGAAGGGAAUACAGACAGCAGUACACAAAAAGAAUAUAAUAUUCCUCUUUUCUCACCUCCUGCAAAUAUGAAUAAAGAAAAGUUGCAAAGAAUUCUAUUAAGGAGACAAAGAGCAGAACAACAUAUUAAGGAAGCCCAUAGUGCCUCAUCAACAACAAUUAGGCCUGGAGAAAAUAAUCUGGAGGGAUUUGACGCGGAAGCAACAGCAGCAGCAGCAGCAGCACGCAUGGAGGAAGAAGUACAAGAAAGUUUUAAUAAAUUAGAUAAAAGACACGAGGCGGAAAUGACUGUCAAUCAAAGCAUUCAAUAUCAGAGAGCUUUACAGAGCAGGCGUUUGGCAACUUUGCCGAGUCUUUUGGCCAGGACGGGGACAGAAGCCUCAAAGCAGCAGGAGCAGCAGCAGGAGCAGCAGUCACAAGAUGGGCAGGAGCAGCACGAAGAGCAACACGGAUUUAAGCAGCAGCAGCAGCUGCAGCAGCUAGAAAGCAUCUUACAAUCUGUACAAUUAGAAGAACAAUUGUUGCAAGAAUUAAAACGUCUUAAAUUAGAUGAACAGUCUUUAUUCCUUGAUGAUGCUAAAAGAAAAGAUCAAAGAUUCGCAGACUGUAUAAGUGACCAAAAGGAAGAGUUGAAGGCUACUGCGGCUUUGAUGAAUGCGGAGUAUGACGCCCUUAGGCAGCAAGCCAACAUCGAGCUCCUGCGGCUCGAGCAAGUCGUACUUGCACAGAGGAAGCAAGUGCUUGAAUUGGAGUUACAUUUGGAGUCAUUAUUGGCUGCCUUUCAACUCCGUCAAGAAAAAUUAACAUUUAAUGUUUUGCUGCUAACAGAGAGAACAGCAGCAAAUGCAGCAGCAUACAGCAGACAAAGACUAAAAUUAAAUCAAUGUAGAGAAGCACUCACAGAAAUUGCCGCAAAAUUUAGAGAAAAUGUCCAGGCGAGCGCAGAAUGCAGACGUCUAUGGAAACAACAUGAACAAUUGCAAAGAGCAUUUGAGGAAGAAAGAAAAAUUAGACAAGGAUUAUUUAAACAAUUAUGGGCACAUCAAGAAAAAGAAAUAAUGGAGUUGCACAGAGGAUUCAAUGCCUGUGCAAGAUUCAAUAUGCUGUGCGCCUCGCUUCAUAUCAAGCUGUACGCUGACGACGACGCCCUUUAUGCAGAAGCAGAUGAUGUACUAAAAGUGGAAAAGAAGAAUCCCAACAAGAAAUAUUCAAAAGACUUCGAUUAG